GCUCUCUGCCGGAAGGCCUGCUCUCACCCUUGUCCGAAGCCUGGUUUCUUUCCCUUGAAGUGAUCCUAUAAACCUGGAGGGGGUCCCUUUACGGAGUCCCCGCUUGGGGGCGGUUGGUCGCCCGCUUUGUCUGCGCGAGUCGAGCUAUGAGCCUGGGAGAGCCGCUCGACUUGAAGGCGGCAGCGGCAACCGUCAGCGGCCUCGCUCCGGAUUCAAACAGUCAUUCUCCUGAUGAAGGCGUAAUUGAAGACUUUGCGAUUAUAGACAAAAAGGCUGUGGAACAACUAACUGAAGGGUUGAUUUCUCACUAUUUACCUGAUCUGCAGCGGUCAAAGCUAGCUUUAAAGGAGCUUACACAGAACCAAGAAGUACUUCUAGAAACCCUACAGCAAGAAAUCUCCAAGUUUAAAGAAUGUAGUUCUGUCCUUGACAUCAAUGUGCUGUUUUCAGAAGCAAAGUUCUAUCAUAACAAACUGGUGAACGUCAGGAAAGAGAUGAUGAUGCUCCAUGACAAAACAUCGAAGUUGAAAAAAAGAGCUCUCAGACUCCAGCAAAAGAGGCAGAAGGAAGAGCUAGAACGAGAGCAGCAACGGGAGAAAGAGCUUGAGAGAGAGAAACAGUUAACUGCCAAGCCAGCCAAAAGAACGUGAAAGCCGAACAUGCAUCGGCUUGUCAAACUGAUUAGAACAUUCUCUGGACUACCUGGGGGGUCCCUUGUUGCACCUCAUGACCUGAAAUUCGAACUUGCCAAGAAGCCUAUUUGUACAUCAAUAAUAUUUCCCGGUUGCUAUUUCUAAGAAGCAAGUUAAGAACAGCAAAGCUUCAGCAGUUGGAUGCCUUUGUUGCUAAUGCUAUGCAGCCAAUUAUUGCUAGGUCCUUUCUAUAUUGUCUGGGGUUUUUUUUUCUGAGAGGGGGUUGGGGAGAAACAAAAAUCUUGUGUUGUAUAGGACCGCUUGCUGAAAUGAAAAAUGGAAUGUAUUUUCUUGAAAUCUGAGCUCUACCUCAGUGAGCGGCUGUUUUAGUAUAGAUCCUUCUUUAUUUGGCGGUCUCAUCACUGGUGCUGCCUUGCCCCGUUAUUGUUAGCGCAUCAUCUGAUUAUAUGGCAACCUUCUGUUUUAUUUUCUAUACGCCUGUUCCAGACAAGGAAACGUGCCGAGGUCCACGUCUGCCAAGUUUUCAAAUACAGAAGCAAAGUAUUGUCACAGCAAGUUGGUGGCUCUGUAACUUAAUGGUAUGAAAGUGUGGAGGCCUUGCUUUUCUUGCUCGUGAUGUGGUUGGCCGGGACAAGAGAUUGAGGAUUUUUGUGCAAACGCCACUGAAAUGGGUUAAGAACAUGCUUGCACAAUACUGCGCUCAGUGAAGACAGCUGUGCCUAAUGCAUGGAACAUGGAUAUAUACUGAGAAGCUCUAGAGUUCACAUAAGUGAGGCUCUCAGAGACGAGCACCCGUUUUGCGUAUUUGCUGCCGAAAACAACAGGGUGCGUACAUGAGCUGAGUUUGCCACAAGGUAGGAGGGCUGCUUGCAGAAUGUUCCUCUCGGGUGGUUCUAGCCUUCACGGAAAUAUUCCUGACCAAAUGAUAGUAGUACUGUGGGUUAAUGGCCCACGUAUACAGCGAGGACACUUUGUAAAUAUGCACAGAAAAACUUGAGAUUGUUCAGAUAGCACCGCUCUGUCGGAGAACUUCUUGAGAACCAUUUCUGUGUUCUGCCUUUAUUACUUUGCUGUAAUUAAAACUUCUUUCCUCUUC